AUGUCGACUCUGAUAACCUGCGCAAUCGUUAUGUGGCUGGGUGGACAUACGGUAGAAGCGAAAGAAAGAAAGAGAGAAAGAGAGAAAGAUAGAGAGAGAGACUUUUGGCAGACGACCGCAAGGCUUGAGUUGGCCGAACAUGUAUCACAACCGGUGAGAGGUGACCGAAUCAGCCGCCCAGCCCGGCGGGAAGUCGAAGAGGCCGGAACUCGGAGCCGGACCCGCUCGUGGAUGAUCUGGCGUCGGACUGGGACAUGCUUACGCCCGAUUGGUUGCCGCGUCCGAUUGCGACCGAUUGUUGAUGGGGGUGGGUGGAGAGAAGGUCUCCAAUCUGUCUAG